AUGGACCAGCCAGAGGCUUCCUGCUCCAGCGUGGAGCCCCGCGCGGCUGCGGCCCGCGAGCUGCUUCUGGCUGCGCUCGAGGACCUGAGCCAGGAGCAGCUGAAGCGCUUCCGCCACAAGCUGCGGGACGCGCAGCUGGACGGUCGCAGCAUCCCGUGGGGGCGACUGGAGCGCGCGGACGCCGUGGACCUCGCCGAGCAGCUGAUCCAUUUCUACGCGCCCGAGCCGGCGCUGGAGGUGGCCCGCAAGACCCUGAAGAGGGCGGACGUGCGCGACGUCGCGGCGAGGCUCAAGGAGCAGUACAAGAAGAAAUACCGAGAGCACGUGCUGCGGCAGCACGCCAAGGUGAAGGAGAGGAACGCGCGCUCGGUCAAGAUCAACAAGCGCUUCACCAAGCUGCUCAUCGCGCCCGAGGGCGCCGCCCUGGAGGGCGAGGCGCUGGGGCCCGCGGAGGAGCCGGAGCCCGAGCGCGCCCUGCGCUCCGACACCCACACCUUCAACCGCCUGUUCGGCCGCGACGAGGAGGGCCAGCGGCCGCUCACCGUGGUGCUGCAGGGCCCGGCGGGCAUCGGCAAGACCAUGGCGGCCAAGAAAAUCCUGUACGACUGGGCGGCAGGCAAGCUGUACCACGGCCAGGUGGACUUCGCCUUCUUCAUGCCGUGCGGGGAGCUGCUGGAGCGGCCCGGCGCGUGCAGCCUGGCCGACCUGAUGCGGGACCAGUGCCCCGACCGCGGCGCGCCCGUGCGGCAGAUGCUGGGGCUGCUGCCCAACGCCCGCCUGCUGGUGACCACGCGCGCGGCCGCGCCCGGCCGGCUGCAGGGCAGCCUGUGCUCGCCGCAGUGCGCCGAAGUGCGCGGCUUCUCCGACAAGGACAAAAAGAAGUACUUCUACAAGUUCUUCCAGGACGAGUGGAGGGCGGAGCGCGCCUACCGCUUCGUGAAGGAGAACGAGACGCUGUUCGCUCUGUGCUUCGUGCCCUUCGUGUGCUGGAUCGUGUGCACCGUCCUGCGCCAGCAGCUCGAGCUGGGCCAGGACCUGUCGCGCACCUCCAAGACCACCACGUCCGUGUACCUGCUUUACACCGUCAGCGUCCUGAGCGCGGGGCCCGCCGCCGCCGGGCCCGGGGUUCAAGGCGAGCUGCGCAAGCUGUGCCGCCUGGCCCGCGAGGGCGUCCUGGGGCACAGGGCGCAGUUCUCCGAGAAGGACCUGGAGAGGCUGCAGCUGCGUGGCUCCAAGGUGCAGGCGCGCUUUCUCAUCAAGAGGGAGCUGCCGGGCGUGCUGCAGCCCGAGGUCGUCUACCAGUUCAUCGACCACAGCUUCCAGGGGUUCUUCGCCGCGCUGUCCUACCUGCUGGAGGACGAGGCGCCCGGGGCGCCGGGCGGCGGGGAGGCCGCGGAGGACUCGGAGGAGGAGGGCGCGGAGCGCGGCUUCCCGCUGGAGCUGCUGUAUUGCCUGUACGAGGCGCAGGAGGCCGCCUUCGCGCGCCGCGCGCUGCGGGCCCUCCCCGAGCUGGCGCUGGAGGGCCUGCGCCUCAGCCGCAUGGACCUGGCGGUGCUGAGCUACUGCGUGCGCUGCUGCCCUGCCGGACAGGCGCUGCGGCUGGUCAGCUGUGCGCUGCCCGCCCCGCAGAAGAAGAAGAAGAAAAGCAUCAUGAAGCGACUGCAGAGCAGCCUGAGCGGCAGCCCCAGUUCUCCAGCCACAAGAAAACCCAAGGCCUCCUCACUGCAUCCUCUCUGCGAGGCCAUGACCGACCAACAGUGUGGUCUGACCAGCCUGACGCUGUCCCGCUGCAAACUCCCGGACUCAGUGUGCCACGACCUGUCCGAGGCCCUGAGGAAGGCCCCCACCCUGACUGAGCUGUGCCUCCUCCACAAUGGGCUCAGCGAGGGGGGCCUGCGUGUGCUGAGUGAGGGCCUGGCCUGGCCCGGGUGCCGGGUGCAGACACUCAGGCUGCAGCAGCCCGGCCUCCAGGAUUCCCUUCAGUACCUGGCCCAAGCACUCCAGCACAGCCCCGCACUGACCACCCUAGAUCUCAGUGGCUGCCAGCUGUCGGGACCCAUGGUAACCUACCUGUGUGCAGCCCUGCAGUAUCCCGGAUGCCACCUGCAGAUCCUCAGUCUGACCUCCGUGGAGCUGAGCCAGCAAUCACUGGAGGAGCUACAGGCUGUAAGGACAGGAAAGCCUGGCCUGGUCAUCACACACUCAGCGCUGGACAACCACUCUGAGCCUCCCAAGGGACUCAGCACUUCCCUCUAA